CAGAUAUAUAUCUAUAUAGUCCUUUUAAAUAACAAUUAAAAAAAACCCCCUUAAUUCACACAUCACAAAAAUAAUGGAACUAGAUUCACAAAAAUGUGUAGACCAACAUGCCAUCACAAUAUGGGAAGUUAAAAAAGAUAGACUUACGGCAUUGCAACACAAACUUACCCAAACACCCAAACUACUCACGGUCACUGCGGCCGGGUCCAAGUGCUCGAUAUUCAAAGUCCCGCAAGUACUAACCGAUGUUAACGGUCCAUCAUACCAACCUCACAUCGUCUCCAUUGGGCCAUUCCACCAUGGCGAGCCGCAACUCCAAUUGAUCGAGGAGCACAAGGGGCGAAUUCUUAGCCAGUUACUUAACCGAAACAAGGCUAUAGGGAUUGUCUUGGAGGACUUGUUGAAGGCCGUGCAACCGCUACAAGUCAUGGCCCGUGAGUGUUACUCUGAGACAGUCCCUUACAGUACUGACGAGUUUAUCGAAAUGAUGGUAUUAGAUAGUUGUUUCAUUAUCGAAAUUCUUAGAAUGUUUGGCGGAUUGGUGGAUACUGAUGAGUCGGAUCCACUUGUAAAGACGUCGUGGGUCGUUUCAUUUUUAUUAUGUGAUUUGAUCCGAAUGGAAAAUCAGAUCCCCUUUUUUGUUCUCGAGUGUUUAUUCGAGCUGACAAAAAUGCCUACAGAAAGCCCAACACUUGCUAUGCUCGCGUUGGGCUUUUAUGGUUACGCACAAAAACCAAAAAAUGUUUACUUUAACAAAAAGUCCAAACACUUGCUUGACCUUCUCCGGUCAACCUUCAUUUCACAAGAAAUUGAAAAGCCUACAAAACCCGAAAAUCACCAUCUACCAUUGCAUAUUAUUCACAAUGCUACACAACUCCAUCGAAUGGGUUUCAAGUUACAACGACCACAGGAAGCCGAAAUCGGCUUCUUGUUGGUUAACUACUCCAAUAAAGACACAAUUGACAUGCCAACGAUACAAAUCGAUGAUUUCAUGAGUGUUUUAAUGUUAAAUGCUAUAGCAUACGAGCAAUGUCACACGGGGAGCUCGAAACACUUUACAACAUACGCAAUAUUGCUCAGUUGUUUAAUACGCGUAUCUGGAGACAUGGAAUAUCUAUGUGAUCAAAACAUUAUUGUGAAUCAAUUGGGUACGAAUGAUGAACUUGAAACAUUUUUAAACAACAUGGUGAAACAUGUUACACUUGAUGUCAAUGAGUGUUACUUGGCCCCGUUAUUUCAUAACGUGAACAAGCGAUGUGUGUACUCAUGGCAAGUCCAAUUGGCAAUCAUCAAGAACACGUAUUUUAUUACACGGUGGUCAAUUAUGUCGUCGUUUGCAGCUUUCGUUUUGUUGCUUCUAACGAUUGCACAAACAAUUUACGCGAUACUUAGUUAUGCUCGUACUGUUUGAAUGACGAUGAUGUAAUUUUACUAUUUGAGAUGUAUUAUACUCGUAUAUGAUUAAGCAAAUGAUUGAGUAAGUUUUGCAA